CGCCCUCCCUGCUGCCGCGCUGGCCAAGGUGAGCCGGGGGCAGGAAGGGGCGACGCGGGCGGUGCCGCAGGAUGCGGCAGAUCCCGGCGAUGCCGACGCUGGGAGGAAGCCCGCCGGCCCGGCGAGUGCGGUGGUUUGUUCAGCGGAGGGCAAGGGAACUGAGAUUAAAAAAAGCCCCGCUAAGAUCAGAAAGGCUGGCGCGCACAGUGCCCUAUUGUGGAGCUGUCACACUUCCCUUUACUUUAUUGCUUUUGUCCAACACCCUAUUGUUCCACUUCCUUUUGUCCCCUAUUCACAGCCCUGGCUUUUCAUUACCCAGCCGGCCUUGUUGUUUUCGUUUCUUUUGUUUGAAGUUCCUGAGAGGAAGGUUUUAUUUUCAGCGGUUUGAUUAAUUCGCAGCUUGAGCUGGGCUUUGUUUGUUAUGUAAUUGCUGCCCUGAGUGGGGCAGCCCGGCUCAGCGCCCCCCCCACCUCCAUCCCAGCUCACACCCCCAGCCCUGGUUUAGGGGCGUCUGGGCUGUGCGGAGGUGAGAGGGAGCAGAGCAGGGGGGUCCUGGUGUGGGGUGCAGGAUGCUCUCCCCAUCCCACCACGGCUCCUGCGCACCUCAGCGUCCCCUGUGGUCCUGCAGCCCGGAUCCUGGCUCCUGGCAGGGGAAUUUCCCUUCCUUCACAUCCUCCUUUUCCCAUUAUUCCUCCCUGAAAGGCAGUGGGAAGGUAAUAUUUAUUCCCGUUCUUGCUGCGCAGCGUGAGGGUCGGUGGCCCUGGGAGGGCAAAUCCCUGCGAGCACGGCAGCGGAGAUGAGGUGGCAGAGGGACACGGCCCAGCUCGAGUCACUUCUGUGGUGCCCGGGCAUGGGGCCGGCAGCACCGGGGCUUGGACCAGCAGCCACGGCCGUGCCGGUGACACCGGGGAGAGCCAUUCCCUGGGGUCAGCCCCCUGCGGCUCGGCUGGUCCCAGCUCCGUGCCGUGCUGGGGACUCCCGGAGGAGCGGUUCUGGUGGCCGUCCCAGCCAUUGUUCGGUGGGGCCAGGAUUUCCAUUUCCCGUCGGAGGGAAAGCUGCCCGCUGCCCGGCCGGCUUUCUAGGCACGGCUGCGGGGGGGGGGCGGCUGUGAGCCGAGAACCCCUGGGGUGCUGGCUCGGGUCUGGCACGGGUGUCAGCCGCGGUGAGCCUUGGGCUGCUCUCUGCCGGGCUGCUGGAUGAAACGCGAAGGCACGUGCUCAUAUUGGCCCUAAAGCCCAUCCCUCUAGGUCGCUUUUUUUUAGGGCUUUGCUUUGUUUCUCCAUUCGCUCCACAGCCCAAAGUGUGAAGGGUUUGUUUCCCUGGAGGGUUCUGACCAUUGAGCCCCAAAUCUACAAAAAAACUGUUCUUGGGAGGCCAGGAGAGCUCAGCUUUGCCAAGCCAUGGCAAAAAGUGGGACCAUUGCCCCUGUAAAAACAGCAGGAUGGGGCCAGGCUGGGAAAGGGGGUCUCUGUGGCCGGGGGGUGCCCGUGGCUCUGCUGAUGGCCCUGCUGCCCCAUAGGAUGUCCAUGAGGAGCCCCGUUUCCCCCCACCUGGAGCUCGAUGGAGCGGGCAGCAUGGUGAACUGCACCAUCAAGACGGAGGAGAAGAAGGAGGGUGGCUACGAGUCGCCGCCGGGGGCUGCCCCCAGCACCGAGCCCCGUCCCAACGACCCGCCAGGGCCACCACCGAAGGAGGACACCGACCCCCAGGCCCUGCCACAGGAGUCCCACUCGCCCGCCGGCGAUGCGCUGGAGCCCAGGCGCUCUGCCUUCGAGCCGGCCGUCAGUGGCCAGGAGAAGCUGGACUUCAACAAGAACUUGAAGGAGGUGAUGCCAACCAUCGAGAAGUUGCUGUCCAGUGACUGGAAGGAGCGGCUGCUGGGCCGAAACACCGCCGAAGCCAAGGAAGUGAAAGGAACCCAGGAGAGCUUGGCGGAGAAGGAGCUCCAGCUACUUGUUAUGAUCAACCAGCUGUCCACGCUGCGGGACCAGCUCCUGACAGCCCACUCGGAGCAGAAGAACAUGGCCGCGAUGCUCUUCGAGAAGCAGCAGCAGCAGAUGGAGCUGGCACGGCAGCAGCAGGAGCAGAUCGCCAAGCAGCAGCAGCAGCUCAUCCAGCAGCAGCACAAAAUCAACCUGCUGCAGCAACAGAUCCAGCAGGUCAACAUGCCCUAUGUCAUGAUUCCCGCCUUCACCCCCAGCCACCAGCCUCUCCCCGUCACUCCCGACUCCCAGUUAGCGCUGCCCAUCCAGCCCAUCCCCUGCAAACCAGUGGAAUACCCGGUGCAGCUGCUGCACAGCCCCCCUCCUCCCACGCUGAAGAGACCCGCUGGCUCGGGCCACCUCCAGAUGCAGGAGACCUCACAGCCACUGAACCUGACAGCCAAACCCAAAGGUUCCGACCUCCCCAGUGCCUCCAGCUCGCCCAGUUUGAAGAUGAGUGGCUGCCAGUCCCUCACGCCGAGUCAUGGGGCCACCAGGGACCUGCAGACCAGCCCGUCCAACCUGCCUCUGGGGUUCCUGGGCGAAGGUGACGCCAUCACCAAAGCCAUCCAGGACGCGCGGCAGCUGCUGCACGGCCACAGCGGAGCCAUGGAGGGAUCCCUGAGCAACCCCUACCGCAAGGACCACGUCGGGAUUGAUUCUUCCCCCGUGAAGGAGCGGAUGGAGGAGACGCCGGCCCACCGCCUGGACGAGGCUCUGCUGACCUGUGAGAUGGACGGCUCACGGCACUUCCCCGAGUCCAGGAACAACAACCACAUCAAGCGGCCCAUGAACGCCUUCAUGGUGUGGGCGAAGGACGAGAGGAGGAAGAUUUUGCAGGCUUUCCCGGACAUGCACAACUCCAGCAUCAGCAAGAUCCUGGGCUCCCGGUGGAAAUCCAUGACGAACCAGGAGAAGCAGCCCUACUACGAGGAGCAAGCCCGGCUGAGCCGGCAGCACCUGGAGAAAUACCCCGACUAUAAGUACAAGCCCCGACCCAAACGCACCUGCAUCGUGGAGGGGAAGCGGCUGCGCGUCGGCGAGUACAAGGCGCUGAUGAGGAACCGGCGGCAGGACGCCAGGCAGGGCUACUUGAUAGGGCCCCAGGGCAGCCAGGUGCCCCCCUCCUCCUCGGACGUGCUGUACCAGCGGCCCGUGGGCAUGCAGCUGACGUCCCCCGUGAUGGAGCACUACCUGCCCCGCGGCGUGGACCCCAACAUGCCCGUCAUUGUCAACACGUGCAGCCUCAAGGACAGCGACGGCGGAGACGACGGGCACUCGGUGGCCGAUGGGGAGAUGUACCGCUACAGCGAGGAGGAGGACUCAGAGGGCGAGGACAAGAGUGACGGCGAGCUGGUGGUGCUGACAGACUGAGG